AUGAAACUGAAGCAGGGCUCGUUUCUGUGGUACCUCUAUCUGGACAAGCUAUACUGCCUGUUAUCCGUGAGGAACGUGAAGGUCUUGGUGGAGUAUUUUCACCUUCUCGACGUGCACCACAACAACACCUUGAACGAUGUGCUGUUUUACCACUUCCUUCAUCAUGUGACUAACUGGAAACGGAGGCAGAUCAUGAUUGUGUUUAACAUGCUGGACUGGAAUGCUAUGGGCGAGAUUGGUUUUGACCAGUUCUACAUGUUGGUCUGCAUACUGCUGGCACAACAGAAUCACUUAGAAGAGCAGUUUAUCUUCCGCCACUCCCGGCCUGUUUUUGAGCUGCUUGACCUGGAGGGGGAGCUGAGAAUUGGUGCAGACAACUUCCACAUGUACAACUUUCUCUUCAAUAUUAAAAAACAGGAACUCAAAGAGCUCUACCACGACUUUGACGUCACAGGUGACCGUCGUCUUAAUUACAAGGAAUUUAAGCUGUUUACUAUCUUCACCAUGGACAAAUACCAGGAGAGGCAGAAAGCAGAGAAAGAGAAUGAGAAAAAGAGAAAGAAAGAGAAAAAGGCUCUGCUCAAAAAGAAAACUCAUCAGGUUAACGUGAGCUCCAAACAGUCUUCUUUUACAAAUAGAUCUGAAAGUAGAAUGUAAGUAAUUACAGCUGUUAACAUGCCUAAAAAUAAAUUUAGAAGAUCGAAGUGGGUAUCUUUACAUUGACUUCUACACAUGAAAGGUUCAAAUACGUGCUCUUCGAUCAGCAAGUUAAUCCUUUAAUAACUUCUUGACCCCACAAUAAUGUAACGUGAAGUGCACAUGUCUCA